CAAAGACGACGACACUAUCGAUAUAUUUUAUAUAAUAUAUCGAAAUUCAAGAAAUUUUUUUUUCAUUCAAAAAUAAAAUGAGCUCUGAACAUCGAACAAUUACUUUUAAUGAAGUUUCAUUUCCUCACUAUGAUGAUGAUGACGAUGAUGACGCCGAUGAUAAUGAUGAUGAUGAUGAUGAUGAUGAAGAUGAUGAUGAUGAUGAUAUUUGUAAUGAUAAUGAUGAUAAUAAUAAUUACCAUCGAAGAGAAUCAAUAGAAAAUUCUAUUGAUGAUGAAAAACAAAUAUCCUAUGGGAAUUUUACUAAUCAAUCAAAACAAUUUGAAGAAUCUGAUCAACAACAACAACAACAACAGCAACCACCGCAACAACAACAACAACAACAACAAAUUCGACGUCAUGAACCACCGAAAAGUCUUCAUCUUGGAAAAUCAACAACAUCAGAUCGUCAUGGUAAAUCUAAUAAAUCAUCAUCAUCAUCAUCAUCUAAAAAUAAAUUAUUAUCAAAUAGAGAUGCAAAUGAUAUUGGUACAUUUGAUUUUGAUAUCAAUUUCGAUAGUGAUGAAGCUGAAGAUAUUAUUGAUUAUUCAAUUUAUGAAAAUCGUACCGGUUUAGCUGAAGAUAUGAAAUUUUUAGCCAGUAUGCCCGAAUUAUGUGAUAUAACAUUUUUAGUUGGUGAAAAAUCUCGUGAACCAGUUUGUGGUGUAAAAGCUGUAUUAGCAUCACGUUCUAGAGUUUUUCAUAAAUUACUUUAUGGCCAAAAACAGCCAACCGUAAGCAAUCAUCACCAACAUCAUCAUCAUCAUCAUCAUGGUAAAGAAGAAAAAAGUAACAAACGAAAAGAAUCACAAAGAGAUACGAAAUUGAAAUUAUUUCUUAAACGUAGCUCGGAACCAAUAUUGAAUGGAUUGCCAUUUAAUCAACAACAGCCAAUAGUACAAACACAUCAAACAAUGAUCAUUGAAGAAUUUGAACCAGAUGUAUUUCGUCAACUAAUUGAAUAUAUCCAUACUGGUUGUGUUACAUUACAGGCACGAACGCUUUUAGGUUUAAUGAAUGCAGCCGAUUAUUAUGGACUGGAAGAAUUACGAAGAGCCUGUAUUGGUUUUGUUACAUGCUGUAUCACUGUUGAUACAGUAAAUUCAAUAUUGGCUUCCGCUGAACGUUAUAUACAAUAUAAAUGUACAAAAUCUCUUGUACAAAGGGUAUUAGAAUUUGUCGAUAAACAUGGUAAUGAAGUACUUUCAUUAGGUUCAUUUGCAUUGCUUCCUGAACAUGUCGUCCGUUUAAUAUUAUCACGUGAAGAAUUAAAAGCUGAUGAAUUGACAAAAUUUCAAGCAGCAUUACAUUGGUCACAACGUUCGUGUGAAGCAUCAUGUGGUACAUUAGAUUUACGUGAUGUUAUAGCGAAUUUUUUAGAAUGUAUUGAAUUCUAUAAAAUUCCAGCAUCAGUAUUGAUGCGUGAAGUUCAUCCACUUGGUGUUGUACCUGAUCAUGUUAUUAUGAAUGCAUUAGCAUUUCAGGCUGAUCCAAGCAGUGUUGAUAUUCGUAAAGUAGAAUCACCAAAUCGUUUUAGACGUAUGACAUUACCACAUUCAUAUAAUAUUGCCGGUAGUGAUCUUAUACAUUUACGGCAUACGGCAAAUUUUUGGGCCGAAAGAGCUGAAGCUGCUAAUGCAGCAAUGAACAAUAAUAAUAAUAACUCAUCAUCAUCAUCGGGUAAAGAAAAAGAAAAACAAUCACGACGACGUCGUGCAAGCAAAUCAUUUAAACGUUCCAAAACAUUGAUGGAAAGUAGUUAAUUAACUUCCUUUUUUUUCCACUUUCAUUCAUUCAUUCACUCACUCACUCACUCAUUCUCGUUUGUCAUGAAAAAAAAGAUACGAAAAAAAAGAAACCACAAAAAAUGAUGUCUUCCUCAUUCCUGGAUUUGUAAAUAAACAACAAGCCAAUAUUGCGAUUAAUUCAACUGAGAAUAAUGAAUCGAGUUAUAUAUUGUGCCAAAAUUGAAACAAAAAAAACUAACAAAAACAAGAACAACAUUGAACAAACAAGCCAAAAAAAUAAAACGACGGCGA